UCACUGUAUUGCCUGAUCCUAUCUUACAUAUAAGUCUAUAAGCAAUUACCUCAUUCAAUCCACCGCCUCAUCCUCACCCUUUUCUUCAUUCUUAUCCCCUCCGGCACCACACUUGUUAGUCAUUGUGAAAAAUGGCUGAAAAUAAUAUUUCAAAUAGUAAUUUGAAAGUUAGGUUCAGUGGUGAAGCUAGGCACUGGACGGAUGCUCUUCCCAUCGGAAAUGGACGUCUUGGCGGUAUGGUGUGGGGUGGUGUUUUAUCCGAAACCAUCAACCUCAAUGAUGACACUUUGUGGACAGGAAGCCCCGGGAACUACACAAAUCCCGAUGCACCAAAAGCUCUCUCCGAGGUCCGGAAACUUGUGAACGAUGGAAAGUAUGCAGAAGCUACAACUUCUGCAGUCAAAUUAUCCGGAGAAGGCUCCAAUGCAUAUCAGCUUUUGGGUGACAUCAACUUCAAGUUCCACGAAACUGAUGUCAAGUACGACGAGACAACAUAUCGAAGGGAGCUGGAUUUAGAUACUGCAACAGCAAAAGUUACGUACUUGAUCGGUGAAGUGGAGUUCACUAGACAACAUUUUGCUUCAUACCCAGAUCAAGUCAUUGUCUCCAAGAUUUCUGGAAACAAGUCUGGUUCUUUGUCUUUUACUGUGUUUCUCGAUAGCAAGAUUCCUCAUCGUACAUCAGCGAAUGCUCAAAAUCAGAUUGUCAUGGAAAAAACAGAAGAUGGAAUUAAAUUUUCUGCUGUUCUUGAUCUGAGAAUCAGUGAUGAUAUUGGUACCAUAACUGUUUUCGAAGAUAAUAAGAUUAAGGUGGAGGGAUGUGAUUGGGCUGUCAUACUUCUAGUGGCAUCUUCUUCAUUUGAAGACCCUUUCACCAAUCCUUCAGAUUCUAAAAAAGAUACCACAAUUGAUUGUUUGAAUAAUUUGGAACAAUUGAAGAGAUAUUCGUUCGAACAACUUUAUUCACGUCACUUGGAUGAUUAUCAUAAUCUUUUUCAUCGCGUCUCGAUUAACCUUUCGAAAAGCUCAACGUUGAAAGAUUCUUAUGUCCCAACUUCCGACAGGAUUAAGUCUUUUAAAACGGAUGAAGAUCCAUCGUUGAUCGAGCUUUUGUUUCAAUACGGUCGUUAUUUGCUUAUUUCUUGUUCUAGGCCUGGAACUCAGCCUGCAAAUCUGCAGGGUAUAUGGAAUGAUAAAGUUUAUCCACCAUGGGAUGGUGCACCACACUUGAACAUUAAUCUUCAAAUGAACUAUUGGCAUUCGCUGCCAUGCAGCCUCCAUGAAUGCCAAGAACCUUUGUUUGACUUCAUAAAAAACCUUUCUGUCAAUGGAAGUAAAACGGCAAAAGUGAACUAUGAGGCGAACGGGUGGGUCGCGCACCAGGUUUCCGAUAUAUGGGCUAAAACAUCACCUGACCGCGGUGAGGCUGUAUGGGCUCUAUGGCCCAUGGGUGGAGCCUGGCUUUGUACACAUUUAUGGGAGCAUUAUAGUUACACAAUGAACAAAGAAUUUUUAGCGGAGAUAGCUUAUCCGUUGCUAGAAGGAUGUGUCUUGUUUCUUUUGGAUUGGUUGAUUGAGGGAAAAGAUGAGUAUGUUCAAACAAAUCCGUCAACAUCUCCGGAACAUAUGUUCACCGCUCCUGAUGGUCAACCAGCUAGUGUUAGUUAUUCAUCCACCAUGGAUAUGUCCAUCAUUAAAGAAGUUUUUUCUGCCAUUAUUUCUGCUGCUCAGGUUUUAGGAAAGAGUGAGGAUGAUCUAAUCAAGAAAGUUGUUGAAUCCCAAUCAAAACUUUAUCCAACACAGAUUGCAAAAGAUGGUUCCAUUAUGGAAUGGGCCCAAGAUUUUGUAGACCCCGACGUGCAUCACCGACAUAUUUCACAUCUAUUCGGGCUAUUUCCAGGGCACACGAUAACACUGGAGGAAACUCCAGAACUAUGUAAAGCUGCAGAAGUCACUCUUAAUAAUAGAGGAGAGGAGGGUCCUGGAUGGUCAACUACAUGGAAAGCAGCAUCAUGGGCGCGACUUCACAACAGCGAGCGUGCGUACCAGAUGAUUAAACAUUUGUUUGACUUGGUUGACCCUGAAAACGAAAGCAAUUACGAAGGUGGACUUUACAGUAAUAUGUUCACCGCUCACCCGCCUUUCCAGAUCGACGCCAAUUUUGGAUUUAGUGCAGCAGUAGCCGAGAUGCUGAUUCAGAGUAGUGUAACUGACAUUUACUUGAUUCCUGCGCUUCCUCGAGAUAAAUGGAGGAACGGGUCAGUUGAAGGAUUAAAGGCGCGUGGGAAUGUAACUGUGAGUAUCUCAUGGAGUGACGGAGAUCUCCAUGAGUUGAGGCUUUGGUCUGAUGAUAGGGAGAAUCAAAGGUUCACAAAAACAAUACAUUAUAAUGACAUGAGUGUUGUUGCAACAAUGUUGACAGGAACAGUAUAUACAUUUGAUGGGAAGCUAAGGACCGUAAAGACGGCUUCUUUGUAAGAUUCGUCUAAGUGUUUAGCUAUGGGUCGACGGAUCCAGUGUUUGUAACUUUUGAGAUUGUUGUAUUGUCAUGGGUUGCCUUCUUUUCAUGUGUGUGUGUGUAAUUUGGUAUAAAUAAAGAUCAAAUGUCUGUAGAGUCACCCUACCACUUAA